GUUUGUGCUGUUCUCUGAAGGGAGUAGUACACACCGUUGUAAGAAAUCUUCAGUUUUUUGGCAAUUUCUCGCAUGGAAUAGCCUUCAUUUCUAAGAACAAGAAUAGACUGUCGAGUUUCACAUGAAAGUUCUCUUUUUCUGGCCAUUUUGAGCAUUUAAUCGACCCCACAAAUGUGAUGCUCCAGAUACUCAACCUGCUCAAAGGAAGGUCAGUUUUAUAGUUUCUCUAACCAGCUAAACUGUUUUCAGCUGUGCUAACAUGAUUGCACAAGGGUUUUCUAAUCAUCCAUUAGCCUUCUCAUGCAAUGAGCAAACACAUUGUACCAUUAGAACACUGGAGUGAUAGUUGCUGGAAAUGGGCCUCUAUGCACCAAUGUAGAUAUUGCACCAAAAUACAGACAUUUGCAGCUAGAAUAGUCGUUUACCACAUUAGCAAUGUAUAAAGUGUAUUUCUGAUUAGUUUAAAGUUAUCUUCAUUGAGAAAAACAGUGCUUUUCUUUCAAAAAUAAGGAAAUUUCUAAGUGACCCCAAACUUUUGAACGGUAGUGUAUAUAUAGACACUGAGACUGAGGUAUCGCUCAAGCGCCAUCUCAACUAUCUAAAAAGCAGCAGCGCCAUCGUGUAGUCAGAUGAGCACCAUAGCGGACAGUGACAGCAGGAGGCGGAGGGGGGCAGACCGGAUCUCUCAUGAGGGAAGAGGCCAGGGACAGGCAGCCAGCCCCGGCGUCUCCUCUCUCACUUCACCUGUAUUAACCUUAAGUGCAAGCCUCGUAGCCCGAGCAGGGGGCUGUGUCAGUGUUCGUAGGAUGUCCCGACAUGAAGGCGUGAGCUGUGACGCGUGUUUAAAAGGCAACUUCAGAGGUCGACGAUACAAAUGUUUAAUAUGCUACGACUACGACCUGUGUGCAUCGUGCUACGAGAGCGGUGCGACGACAACUAGACACACGACAGAGCAUCCCAUGCAGUGCAUGUUAACCCGAGUUGAGUUUGACCUGUACUACGGUGGAGAGCCGUUCUCAGUGGAGCAGCCCCAGGCCUUUACAUGUCCCUACUGUGGCAGAAUGGGCUUCACAGAGAUUUCGCUGCAGGAACACGUGGCAGCUGAGCACACGGAGACCUCCACAGAAGUGAUCUGCCCUAUAUGUGCAGCACUGCCGGGAGGCGACCCAAACCAUGUGACAGAUGAUUUCGCUGCUCAUCUUACGCUUGAACACAGAGUGCCCAGAGACUUGGAUGAGUCCAGCGGUGUGCGGCACGUGAGGAGGAUGUUUCACCCGGGCCGUGGGCUGGGCGGUCCACGAGCCCGCAGGUCUAACAUGCACUUCACCAGUAGCACCACAGGGGGGCUCUCCUCCAGUCAGAGCUCCUCACAGGGUUCCAACUACAGCAGAGAGGCUAUGGACCCUAUAGCAGAGCUUCUUUCCCAGUUGUCGGGGGUGAGGCGUUCAGCUGGAGGUCAGCUCAGUUCGGGGCCCUCGGCCUCCCAGCUCCAACAGCUACAGAUGCAGCUCCAGUUGGAGCGUCAGCAGGCACAGGCAGCACGGCAGCAGCUGGAAUCGGCACGAAACGCCAGCUGGAGCAGAGGUCGAGCCAACGCCAUCCUUAAUCCCAGCUCAGUGGCCGCAAACCCCAACCCCGACGCCAACCACAACAGAAACGCCAGUCCUAACCCCGGUCCUGCUGAGUCCAACACACAGCACACUGCACAUAACUCUCAGUUUCUCCUCAGCAGGUUGAGUGAACCCCGGCUGUCGGAGGCCAAACAUCAGCUGUGUGAGGCCCAGUGGGCCAACCGCAGCCUGUUUGUGACAGAGCUCCUCCUGUCCACGCUGCUGCCCAAGAAGGACACAUUGGCAUCCCCCGAGGACGAGGACGACUGCCACGGCUCGUUACAGAACUUUGCCAACUGCCAGGUGAUGGGCUGUGUUGAGGUCAUGACCUUGGACCUGGCACUGGAGAACCUGAAUCUCACGGAGACGACCCCCACCGCCAAGACAACGAAAACGACGCCCAAGAUGGCACCUACAAAGAAAGGGCCCCCGACGCCUCCCCUUUGAUGACAUGGCCACUCCCUCCCCUCAGUUUUUUUUUUCAUUUUUUUUGGCUUCAUUUUUUUCCCCCCACAGUGAUUGUCAUUUCAGCUCUGUCGCCGCCCCCUCCUCCUCCACCCCCUCAACCCUCCCACACAUUAACUAUUAAAUGUUUAUUACAUUGUGUACAUUGAAAAAACGUAGUGAGACAGGAGAAUGUUCGAGUGAGUGUGGUGUGUGUGGGGAAGAGAAAAAUAACUAUAUAAAUCCAUCCAUCCAUCCAUCCAUCUUCAACCGCUUAUCCGGGGCCGGGUCGCGGGGGCAACAGUCUGAGCAGGGACACCCAG